CAAACACACGCCGCCGACGGACUAUCGCUGCCAGAAAGAGAGAGAGAGGAAACAGAAAGAAGAAAACACCUGUCGUGUCUUCGCUUCCCUUCUUGGGUCAAUUUUACAGAACAUAUUUAAAGGAUGGGUGCUGCGGGGGUGCAGAUGGUGUGCGUGGUCCUGGGCAUGCUGGGCCUGGUGGCUGGGAUCAUAUGCUGUGCCGUGCCCAAAUGGAAGGAGUCGUCCUUCACCGGACAGAACAUCGUCACUGCACAGGUGACGCAGGACGGCCUGUGGAUGUCGUGCGUGGUGCAGAGCACGGGGCAGCAGCAGUGCAAGACCUACGACUCGCUCCUCAUCCUGUCGGCCGACCUGCAGGCCGCCCGCGCCAUGACCAUCAUCAGCUGCCUGCUGGCCGCCCUGUCCGUCCUCAUCCUCUUCGCCGGCGCCGACUUCACCACCUGCGUGCAGAACGAGGAGGCCAAGCCCAAGAUCGCGCUGGUGGCGGGCGUGGGCCUGAUCCUGGCCGGGUUCCUCCUCAUCAUCCCCGUCUCCUGGUCGGCGCACAACGUCAUCCGCGAGUUCCAGAACCCGCUGAACCCGCAGAAGAUGGAGCUGGGGGCCUGCAUCUUCGUGGGCUGGGCCGGGAGCGUGGUGCUCCUCCUCGGGGGGGGGCUCCUGUGCUGCUUCAGCCGGGUCCGGUCCGGGGGGGGCUCGGCCGGGAACGCCAAGUACUACAGCAACGGCGCCUCCGCCCCCGCCCCUGCCGCCAAGAACUACGUGUAACUAGCGUGGUGGGGCGGGGAGAGGAGUCGGGGGGAGGGGGGUGGGGGGGGGUUCCUUUUCUAUUCGGCCAGUCUGGGAAAUGAGCUGAAUUCCGGCUCGUGAAUUUAUAAAUGUGAGGGUCUUUUCAGAUUGUUUACUGAAUUUCAGUCGAUCCCCUUGACUGAAAUGGAACAUACCCAGUAAGUGGGGGGGGGGGGGGAUUCAGAGAACAGAAACGGAGGGACUCCAAAUUGCUGACAGAUGAGUGAGAAAAAGGGUGGAGGAAGAGAAGGAAGAAAGGAGUGGGGUUAAAACUGUAAAUAUUGAAUCGGGGAGAGGGGUAAUUAAUAUUGAUAGAAUUGACCAUUAAAUUCAUUUUAUGAGGGGAUAGAUGGGGAACUAUUUGGACACACACCAGGGCCCGGGAGUUCAAAACUUUUUAUCUCAAUCAGAUCGGAUCAGAUUUUGAAAUCCCAUAUUUUGUAAUCCAGGAUCAGGCAGCUCAGCCAGAUUUUGUCCCGGUAUUUCAAAGCAAUUCAGGAUAGGAUCACCCUGAUCCAGAUUCAGACUGUUCAAGAUUACCAGAUCUUGAUUAUCAGUGCUUUAAAGCACUGGAACAUUACUGAGAUAGAUUAUGAUUGUCUAACCUUCAAAUUAUAUAUAAUAUUCGGGGGGCUUUCAAGGUGCAAUAUGUAACUUUUUGAGUGUCAAUGUUUAUGGCCCUACAAAUGUAAACAAACUUUUCUUUUCUUUUUAUUUUUACAUCUAAAACUCUUUUUGCUCGGACAGCUCUUGAUACAAGAAAUAGUAGUUUGCAAGUGCUAACAUUUGAUUUAAAAGCCAUAAAAGGUUUGUUUGUAAACAUUAAAGCAAAACAGGCUUGUAUUUUGAUAAACUUAUUAUUUGGAUGAGUGCACUGUUCUGAUAGGUAGGCUAGAGGCCACUGUAAAUGUGGCAAAAAAAAGUAAAUAAAAAUUGAAAUGUGUUUUGAAUUAAUUGUAUACUAUAUUGUUUUUUGGUAAUCCACUCUAAAUCCACCCUUCUACUGGGAUCAAGGUAAUCUUGAUUUUUUGGAUCAAAAUGAUCCCAAUCCUAUGUUAAUGUUUUGAACUACGCAUUUUGAAGAUUUGAUCCAGAUUAAAGCUAGGGUUCGAUUACCUGAUCUGAUCGGAUUCCAAAGUGAUCCCAAUCCUGUUUUUUGGUUUUGAACUACCCAUUUGCAGGAUUUAAUCCAAUCCGAUAGUCAAAAUCUGAUCAGAUCACUUUUGAACUCCUGGGCUCAGGGGUUAUGUGUCUUUCAUGUACCAUAUACCACAUUUUUCCAGUAUAUAUUUUGUCAUAUAUAUCAAAUAAAUACUGCUACAUAUAAUAGUAAUAAUAAGAUUGAUUUUUCACAGCAGCUUGGCUAGUUGUGUAAUUCUCAGGGGUAGGUAUAUUUUACGCUGUCAUCCACUGGAACACCUGCAGCAUUCUGUGACUUUAAAAUGUUUUAAGAAUAAAAAUGUUACUAAAUUGUCA